AGAUCAGUUCGGUUGCGAGUAAUGCCAGAACAGAGCAAUGAUUAUAGAGUGGUGGUGUUUGGGGCUGGUGGCGUGGGUAAAAGUUCACUAGUGUUACGAUUUGUGCGGGGAACAUUUCGGGAGAGUUAUAUUCCUACUAUAGAAGACACUUAUAGACAGGUCAUCAGCUGCAAUAAACAAGUGUGUACAUUACAAAUUACAGAUACAACGGGUAGUCAUCAAUUUCCGGCAAUGCAGAGACUUUCUAUAUCUAAAGGACAUGCGUUUAUUUUAGUGUAUUCAAUCACAAGUAGGCAAUCUUUAGAAGAGUUGAAACCCAUAUUUGGAGAAAUUUUGGAAAUUAAAGGAGACAUUGAGGGAAUUCCUGUAAUGUUAGUGGGCAAUAAAUGUGAUGAAACUCUCCGUGAAAUUACAACGCACGAGGGAGCAGAACUUGCCAAGAAAUGGAAUUGUGCUUUUUUAGAGACUUCCGCCAAAACUAAUCAUAAUGUUAAGGAGUUAUUCCAAGAACUUCUGCAAUUAGAGAAACGCAGGACUAUGUCUCUUCAGUUGGAGACGAAGAAAUCAAAGUCACAAAAAAGAAAGGAGAAAUUAAAGGGGAAGUGUGCUUUAAUGUGAUGUAAAUUGUUAGUGGACUUUGUUAGUAGAAUUUGUUAAUUUAUUAUACUAGGUGAUACAAGUUAAUUUAUUAUAAAAGGAAUAUCUGAGGAUUAACUUACUGCCUUCUUCAUGUAUUCACUGUAGUUACUAGGUAGUAUAGGACCUAGAUCAUUCAUUGUACAUUCAGAACUAGAUCUGGAUAGGGCAUUUAUAAUGGCAGGCCACAUUUCACUGGACACAUCUAGAGUUGGGCAAUAUGACAAUAUUGGAGGAGUCCAUUGCUAUACAGCUUUUACUCUCAAUUUUGCCAUUCUUCGGACGAGAAUUGUCUUGAUUGUAGAGAUAUAAACAAACGAUACUAUAUGACAAAGUUUAUGUAUAUUACUAUGUCUUUGCAAUAUAACCUGCCAUGAUCAAGAUCUGUCUAUCUUGCGAUACACUGAAAAAUCCCAUAUCACCCAACUCUAGGCACAUCCUAGUGUCAAACAACUUAGCAGUAUGUUCAGUUAAUUGUGUAGUUGUUAAUGAGUAUCUCAAGGAAGAAAGAAAUUAGCGCUGUAAAAAGUUUUUAGAAUUUUUGGUUUUUGUUCAACAGUUUUUAACAAUUGUUUAUCACAAAACUGCAAAUAAAAGCUAAAAAAUUUUUUAAUGUUUUAGAGGUAACUUAUCUAGACCCAAACCGGCUGUUCUUAUCAGAUCCUUGACAUUUAUUUUGUGACAGCGAUAUAGACAUGCUCUUCAAAACAUC